CGGCGCGCCCGCAAACAACAACGGCCACACUGACUGACAAGGCGCACAACACCACCACCAAGUCGCUGGCGCAUUGUUGUUAAUCACAGUAGUGGCCAUGUCGUACUUUGACAUCGACGACAUCCUCAUGCAAGAGGAACGGUUACCGUGUGUGGCGUCCAUUGAUGUGAUCAAAAUGGGGAGUUUGGAUCCUUCCAGUGCGACACCCUACCUGAGGAAAGGCAGCAAAGUGGACCUCCCACUCUGGCUCAUCAAGAGCUACCGAGAAAAGAACGGUGAAGACAUCUUCGAAGUGGAUCCACCAAAGUUCCUGGGUCCAAAGUACCUGGACAUGCUGCGCGCAGAUGCCACGGUGAUCAACCUCCAGUCGUGGUGCUCCCACUUCUUCUCCUUUGCCAUCACAUAUCUCACGCUCUUCCAGGACGGCGAUCUCGCGACCACCAUCCAAGAUUCGUUUGGCCACCGCUACCUCGUCAUCCUGGACAUUUCACAGAACGCCGUCCAAGACGACACAUCAGAAAAGACACGCAACCUCGAUCAGCUUGAGCGACAGCUGUUCCAUGCAGGGCUGCAAGACGACCGCGCGCAGCAGCAGUGGCGGCGGCGACAGGCACACCGCAUCUUGCCCUGGGCAGGCGCACCACGCCGUGACGCGUUUGAGCUGGGCCACCUCACAAAGCGACCAAAGCUCUCGUUCUCCUAGCACCUAGCGUGUUGGGGGAGAGUGUCUUGUGUGUGCGUGUGUGUGUGCGUGUGUCUUGUGUGUGUGUGUAUACGUGUGUGUGUGUGUGUCUUGUGUGUGCGUGUGUGAGUCGAUUUUUGUGAGUGGAAUGUGCGUGAGCCAAACGUGUCACCUCUGCCACCUUCCACGGUGCCUUGGACUCCUAACAUCCCUCCUGCUCCACCACCCACACGACCAUAAUUAACCAACCAACACCCACGGGGUUGCUUUAGAUGUGUUUCCUAUGUGUUUCCUAUGUUCAUAAACGCA